AUGUCGAGAUACCAAACAAAAAAGAUUUUCAUCAUCGGUGGGACGGGUGCCCAAGGCGUCCCGAUUAUCCAGGAGCUUGUUAAAGAUGAAAAGUACACAGUAAGGGUCAUGACUCGAGACCCAGAGAGUCGACGAGCCAAGGAACUCGCUGCGUUGCCUGGUGUGGAGCUAUUCAAAGGCUCAUUUGCCAACGAAGUUGAUCUUACGAAUGGAUUUAAGGGCUGCGAUGGUGCUUACGUUAACAUUGACGGCUUCAACUGCGGCGAAAAGGCAGAAAUCUUCUGGGGCAUACGUGCUUACGAAAUAGCCCUAGAUGCUGGUAUAAAAUUCUAUGUCUGGGGAAAUCUUGAUUAUACUUUGAAAAAGGCCAACUGGGAUCCCAAGUUUCGUUGUGGACACUACGAUGGCAAGGGCAGAGUUGGAGAAUGGAUCCUGCAGCAUGUGACUCCAAAGAUGGGUGUUGCUCUUUUUACAACCGGCCCGUACAUUGACAUGGUUCUUGCACCUCUUACAAUCAUGACACCGAGAGUCAUCGAUGGCGUUGUAACAUGGUCAGUUCCUUUAGGACUCGGCGAGGUUGCUCACGUAGCCCUCUCGGAUUGUGGCAUCUACGCUCGGUGGUUAUUCGAUAAUCCAGACCGUGCCAAUGGCCUUGACCUCGAAGUAGCCAUUUCUCACAUCUCAUACAACGAGUUGGCUGCUGCCUAUACAAAAGUGACUGGAAGACCAGCGCAGUACCUCGACGUACCUUUUUCGACGUAUUUCGAGAACUUCGGGCCAUCUUCAUAUAAUGCUAACCCCACAGAUCCAAGCGUCAUGACUUUUGAACGCAACUUUACGGGCUUCUGGCACAUCUGGAGAGAAAGCCAAGGGAACAAGAGUGUCAUUACCAGAAAUUACAAGCUUCUUGACGAGAUUCACCCCAAUAGGAUCAAGUCCGCGGAAGAGUGGUUUCGGAAAGAAGCAGAAAAGGGCGAUUUGUGGGAGAGGGUACACAAUAUGGCUCCAAUUUUGAAAUGGAGUGAAGACGGUGCUGCCGGUAGUUUGUAA